AUGGAUGUAAAAGAAAGAAAGCCGUAUCGAUCUCUGACUCGGCGACGCGACACUGAGCGCCGCUACACCAGCUCUUCAGCUGAGAGUGAGGACAGCAAGGCACCCCAGAAGUCCUACAGCUCCAGCGAGACCCUGAAGGCUUAUGAUCAAGACUCCAGGCUGACCUACAGCAAUCGGGUCAAAGACAUGGUGCACCAGGAGGCUGAUGAAUUCUGCCGAGCAGGAGCCAACUUCUCUUUGCGAGAACUGGGACUUGAAGAUGUGACACCCACCCACGGGGCUUUGUACCGGACCGACAUCGGUCUGCCUCACUGUGGCUACUCCAUCAGCACCGGCUCAGAUGGUGACACGGAAGCAGAUGUGGUCAUGUCACCUGAGCACCCAGUGAGGCUUUGGACACGCAACACCAAAUCUGGGCGUAGCUCGUGCUUGUCAAGCCGGGCCAACUCCAACCUCACCCUCACCGACACGGAGCAUGAGAAUACUGAAACUGAUCAUCCUCCAAAUAUUCAAAAUCAUUCAAGACUUCGAACUCCACCACCUCCAAUAUCACAUGCUCACACCCCAAAUCAGCAUCACGCGGCCUCCAUCAAUUCCCUGAACAGAGGGAACUUCACUCCACGCAGCAACCCGAGCCCAGCUCCUACAGACCACUCUCUCUCUGGAGAACAACCAGCCACUGCUCAAGAGCCAGCCCAUGCUCAGGACAACUGGUUACUCAACAGUAACAUCCCACUGGAGACAAGGCACUUCCUGUUCAAACCUGGAGGCACUUCUCCCCUUUUUUGUACAACGUCGCCAGGAUAUCCCCUGACAUCCAGCACUGUGUACUCGCCUCCCCCUAGGCCCCUUCCCAGAAGUACCUUUUCUAGGCCUGCCUUUAACCUGAAGAAACCCUAUAAGUACUGUAAUUGGAAAUGUGCUGCUCUGAGUGCCAUUGUCAUCUCAGUCACACUGGUGAUCCUGCUGGCCUAUUUCAUAGCCAUGCACCUGUUUGGCCUAAACUGGCACCUGCAGCCGAUGGAAGGGCAGAUGUAUGAGAUCACGGAAGACACAGCCAGCAGUUGGCCAGUGCCAACGGACGUCUCCUUAUAUCCUUCGGGGGGCACAGGGUUAGAGUUACCUGACAGGAAAGGCAAAGGAACCAGUGAAGGAAAGCCCAGUAGUUUCUUUCCAGACGACAGUUUUAUAGACUCCGGAGAAAUUGAUGUAGGCAGACGAGCCACACAGAAGAUCCCUCCUGGUAUCUUUUGGAGAUCUCAGGUGUUCAUCGACCAUCCAGUGCAUCUGAAAUUCAAUGUGUCUUUAGGAAAGGCUGCUCUGGUUGGCAUCUAUGGCAGAAAAGGACUCCCACCAUCACACACACAGUUUGACUUUGUCGAGCUCCUUGAUGGAAGACGUCUGCUGACACAGGAGGCAAGAAGCUUGGAAGGACCUCAGCGGCAGCACAAAACUUUUGUGCCCUUGGCCAGCCAUGAGACAGGAUUUAUCCAGUAUUUAGAUUCAGGAAUAUGGCAUUUAGCCUUCUACAAUGAUGGCAAAGAAUCGGAAGUGGUUUCUUUUCUUACUACUGCUAUUGAAUCAGUGGAUAACUGUCCCAGUAAUUGCUAUGGGAAUGGAGACUGUGUGUCUGGGACUUGCCAUUGCUUCCUUGGCUUUCUGGGCCCUGACUGUGGCAGAGCGUCCUGCCCAGUGCUGUGCAGUGGAAAUGGGCAGUACAUGAAAGGAAGAUGCUUGUGCCACAGUGGCUGGAAGGGAGCAGAGUGUGAUGUCCCAACCAACCAGUGCAUUGAUGUCUCCUGCAAUAACCAUGGCACAUGCAUCAUGGGCACCUGUAUCUGCAACCCAGGAUACAAAGGCGAGAGCUGUGAAGAAGUGGACUGCAUGGAUCCUACCUGCUCGGGACGAGGCGUGUGUGUCCGAGGAGAAUGUCACUGUUCCGUUGGCUGGGGAGGAACAAAUUGUGAGACCCCAAGAGCCACUUGUCUGGAUCAGUGCUCUGGUCACGGGACUUUCCUCCCAGAUACCGGACUCUGCAGCUGCGAUCCCAACUGGACUGGCCACGACUGCUCAAUUGAGAUUUGUGCAGCGGACUGCGGAGGACAUGGCAUUUGUGUCGGAGGCACCUGCCGCUGCGAGGAGGGCUGGAUGGGCACAGCCUGUGAUCAGCGAGCGUGUCACCCACGCUGCAAUGAGCACGGGACCUGCCGGGAUGGCAAGUGUGAAUGCAGCCCGGGCUGGAACGGAGAGCACUGCACUAUUGAGGGAUGCCCUGGCUUGUGCAAUGGCAAUGGCAGAUGCACUCUGGACAUGAACGGCUGGCACUGUGUCUGCCAGCUGGGCUGGAGAGGAGCAGGCUGUGACACUUCCAUGGAGACGGCAUGCGGCGAUGGGAAAGACAACGAUGGAGAUGGCCUGGUGGAUUGCAUGGACCCAGACUGCUGCUUGCAGCCACUGUGCCACGUUAAUGCACUGUGCCUGGGCUCCCCGGACCCCCUGGAUAUCAUCCAGGAGACGCAAGCCCCCAUCUCCCAGCAGAGCUUGCAUUCCUUCUAUGAUCGAAUCAAGUUCCUGAUUGGCAAGGACAGCACUCACGUCAUCCCAGGGGACAAUCCUUUUGAAGGCGGACAUGCAUGUGUGAUUCGAGGCCAGGUGAUGACAGCAGAUGGGACCCCUCUAGUUGGAGUGAACAUCAGCUUUGUCAACAACCCUCUGUUUGGAUACACAAUCAGCAGACAAGAUGGCAGCUUUGAUCUUGUUACCAUUGGUGGAAUCUCCAUUAUCCUUCACUUUGAGCGGGCUCCCUUCAUCACCCAGGAGCACACACUGUGGUUGCCGUGGGAUCGCUUCUUUGUGAUGGAAACCAUAGUCAUGAGGCACGAAGAGAAUGAGAUCCCAAGCUGUGACCUCAGUAACUUCGCCCGGCCCAACCCUGUGGUCUCUCCUUCUCCGCUCACUGCUUUUGCAACUUCCUGCUCAGAGAAAGGUCCUAUUGUUCCUGAAAUCCAGGCUCUACAAGAGGAGAUUAACGUUUCUGGCAGUAAAAUAAAAGUGAGUUACCUGAGCAGUCGCACAGCUGGCUACAAAUCAGUGCUGCGGAUAAGCAUGACCCACCCCACCAUCCCCUUCAACCUCAUGAAAGUCCACCUCAUGGUGGCCGUCGAGGGACGCCUCUUCAGAAAGUGGUUUGCAGCAGCUCCAGACCUGUCCUACUAUUUCAUCUGGGACAAGACAGAUGUCUAUAGCCAGAAGGUGUAUGGGCUCUCAGAAGCCUUCGUUUCAGUAGGUUAUGAGUAUGAAUCCUGUCCAGACUUAAUCCUGUGGGAGAAGAGGACAGCUGUGCUUCAGGGUUAUGAAAUUGAUGCUUCCAAACUUGGAGGAUGGUCCCUGGACAAACACCAUGCCCUCAACAUACAAAGUGGCAUCUUGCAUAAAGGGAAUGGGGAAAACCAGUUCAUUUCCCAGCAGCCACCUGUAAUUGGAAGCAUUAUGGGCAACGGCCGCAGACGGAGCAUUUCUUGUCCAAGCUGCAAUGGUCUGGCAGAUGGAAACAAACUCCUGGCUCCUGUUGCCCUAACAUGUGGGUCUGAUGGAAGUCUUUAUGUUGGAGAUUUCAACUACAUCCGAAGGAUAUUUCCCUCUGGCAAUGUCACCAACAUACUGGAGCUGAGCCACAGCCCAGCUCAUAAGUAUUACUUGACCACAGAUCCGAUCACCGGCUCCAUCUACCUCUCGGACACCAACAGCCGACGUAUCUAUAAAAUCAAGUCAACCACAUCAGUGAAAGACAUUGUGAAGAACUCGGAGGUCUUGGCUGGAACUGGGGAUCAGUGCCUCCCAUUUGAUGAUACGCGCUGUGGAGAUGGAGGCAAAGGCACUGAUGCCACUCUUACAAAUCCCAGGGGCAUCACCGUGGACAAGUUUGGGCUGAUUUACUUUGUGGAUGGCACCAUGAUCAGACGGAUUGAUCAGAAUGGGAUCAUCUCAACCGUGUUGGGUUCCAAUGACUUGACAUCUGCUCGGCCUCUCAGCUGUGACUCGGUUAUGGACAUUUCUCAGGUUCGUCUUGAAUGGCCCACAGAUCUGGCAGUGAAUCCCAUGGAUAAUUCGCUCUACGUCCUCGACAACAACGUUGUGCUGCAGAUCUCUGAGAACCACCAAGUGCGCAUCGUGGCAGGGAGGCCCAUGCACUGCCAGGUGCCAGGCAUGGAUCACUUUCUCCUCAGCAAGGUGGCAAUCCACGCCACGCUGGAGUCUGCCACCGCCCUGGCCGUGUCCCAUAACGGGGUCCUGUACAUCGCUGAGACCGACGAGAAGAAGAUCAACCGCAUCAGGCAGGUCACCACCAACGGGGAGAUCUCCCUGGUCGCCGGCGCCCCGAGCAGCUGCGACUGCAAGAACGAUGCCAACUGCGACUGCUUCUCGGGGGACGACGGCUACGCCAAGGACGCCAAGCUCAACGCACCAUCCUCCCUCGCCGUGUGUGCAGAUGGGGAGCUGUAUGUCGCCGAUCUGGGGAACAUCCGAAUCCGCUUCAUUCGGAAAAACAAACCGUUCCUCAACACACAAAACCUGUAUGAGUUAUCCUCACCCAUAGACCAGGAACUCUACUUGUUUGACACCAGUGGGAAGCACCUUUAUACUCAGAGCCUUACCACUGGAGAUUAUCUUUACAAUUUUACUUAUUCUGGAGAUGGAGAUAUAACCCUGAUCACUGACAAUAAUGGCAACUUGGUCAAUAUCCGAAGAGAUUCCACAGGGAUGCCCCUCUGGCUGGUGGUGCCUGAUGGCCAAGUCUACUGGGUGACAAUUGGUACCAACAGUGCACUCAAGAGUGUUACAACACAGGGGCAUGAAGUAGCCAUGAUGACUUACCACGGCAACUCUGGUCUCCUUGCCACUAAAAGCAAUGAAAAUGGUUGGACAACAUUUUAUGAAUACGACAGCUUUGGCCGCCUGACCAACGUGACCUUCCCUACUGGCCAAGUGAGCAGCUUCCGCAGCGAUACUGACAGCUCUGUGCAUGUCCAGGUAGAAACCUCCAGCAAGGAUGAUGUUACAAUAACAACCAAUUUGUCAGCAUCGGGGGCCUUCUACACCCUGCUCCAAGACCAAGUCCGAAACAGCUACUACAUCGGUGCUGAUGGCUCCCUCAGACUGAUGCUCGCCAAUGGCAUGGAGGUGGCCCUGCAGACCGAGCCGCAUCUGCUGGCUGGCACCGUCAACCCCACGGUGGGGAAGAGGAAUGUCACCCUGCCCAUCGACAAUGGCCUCAACCUCGUGGAGUGGAGGCAGAGGAAGGAGCAAGCGAGAGGGCAGGUCACUGUCUUUGGACGUCGGCUGAGGGUUCACAACAGAAACCUGCUGUCCCUUGACUUUGAUCGUGUGACAAGGACUGAGAAAAUCUAUGAUGACCACCGCAAGUUCACGCUCCGCAUCCUCUACGACCAGGCAGGGAGGCCCAGUCUCUGGUCACCCAGCAGCAGACUGAAUGGGGUCAAUGUCACCUAUUCCCCAGGAGGACACAUCGCAGGGAUUCAGAGGGGCACGAUGUCAGAAAGGAUGGAGUACGAUCAGUCUGGCAGAAUUACAUCCAGAAUCUUUGCUGAUGGUAAAUCAUGGAGCUACACCUACUUGGAGAAGUCCAUGGUGCUGCUCCUUCACAGCCAGAGACAGUACAUCUUUGAGUUUGACAAGAAUGACCGGUUGUCCUCGGUGACCAUGCCCAACGUUGCCCGUCAGACUUUGGAAACCAUUCGUUCCAUUGGUUACUACAGGAACAUCUACCGGCCACCAGAAGGCAAUGCCUCAGUAAUUCAGGACUUCACAGAGGAUGAGCAGCUCCUCCACACUUUGUACUUGGGCACAGGGAGACGUGUCAUCUACAAGUAUGGGAAGCUGUCCAAGUUAGCCGAGAUGCUCUAUGAUACCACAAAGAUCAGUUUCACAUAUGACGAAACUGCAGGCAUGCUGAAGACCAUAAACUUGCAGAAUGAAGGGUUCACCUGCACAAUCAGGUACAGACAGAUAGGGCCCCUCAUUGACCGACAGAUUUUCCGCUUCACUGAGGAGGGCAUGGUGAAUGCACGCUUUGACUACAACUAUGACAACAGCUUCCGGGUGACCAGCAUGCAAGCAGUCAUCAACGAGACACCUUUGCCUAUUGAUCUCUACAGGUACGAUGACGUGUCAGGCAAAACUGAGCAAUUUGGUAAAUUUGGGGUCAUUUACUACGAUAUCAACCAGAUUAUUACCACUGCUGUCAUGACCCACACUAAACAUUUUGAUGCCUAUGGCAGGAUGAAGGAGGUCCAGUAUGAGAUAUUCCGGUCUCUCAUGUACUGGAUGACUGUGCAGUAUGACAACAUGGGGAGAGUGGUUAAGAAAGAGCUGAAGGUUGGCCCUUACGCAAACACAACUCGUUACUCAUAUGAAUAUGAUGCUGAUGGCCAGUUGCAGACCGUGUCUAUCAAUGACAAACCUCUCUGGCGUUACAGCUAUGACCUAAAUGGAAACCUCCAUCUGUUGAGUCCAGGGAAUAGUGCCCGCCUUACACCACUCAGGUAUGACCUCAGGGAUCGGAUUACUAGACUGGGGGAUGUGCAGUACAAAAUGGAUGAAGAUGGCUUCCUGAAGCAAAGGGGCAAUGAUAUUUUUGAGUACAAUUCAGCUGGCCUGCUCAUCAAAGCCUACAAUAAAGUGAGUGGGUGGAGUGUGAAGUACCGCUAUGAUGGCCUAGGAAGGAGAGUCUCCAGCAAAACCAGCCAUGGCCAUCACUUGCAGUUCUUCUACGCUGAUCUGACCAACCCAACCAAGGUCACCCACUUGUACAACCACUCGAGCUCUGAGAUCACCUCCCUGUACUAUGACCUCCAAGGCCACCUCUUUGCAAUGGAGCUCAGCAGCGGUGAUGAAUUCUAUAUAGCCUGUGAUAACAUUGGCACUCCUUUGGCUGUCUUCAGUGGGACUGGCUUAAUGAUCAAGCAGAUACUGUACACAGCAUAUGGGGAGAUCUAUAUGGACACUAAUCCCAACUUCCAGAUCAUCAUCGGCUACCAUGGAGGACUGUAUGACCCCCUCACGAAGCUUAUCCACAUGGGGCGGAGAGACUACGAUGUGCUAGCGGGUCGCUGGACAAGUCCGGACCAUGAUAUGUGGAAGCAUCUGAGUAGCAAUAACAUAAUGCCUUUCAACCUGUAUAUGUUCAAAAACAACAACCCCAUUAGCAAUUCUCAGGAUAUCAAAUGUUACAUGACAGAUGUCAACAGUUGGCUGCUCACCUUUGGGUUCCAGCUGCACAAUGUCAUCCCUGGCUACCCCAAGCCAGACAUGGAUGCAAUGGAGCCAUCCUAUGAGCUAAUCCACACACAGAUGAAAACCCAAGAAUGGGACAACAGCAAGUCCAUUUUGGGGGUCCAGUGUGAAGUGCAGAAGCAGCUGAAGGCCUUUGUCACCCUGGAGCGCUUCGAACAAAUCUACAGCUCCAGCAUCGCUGGGUGCCGGCACGUCAAGAAGAACAAGAACUUUGCUUCUGGAGGCUCCAUCUUUGGCAAGGGCGUCAAGUUCGCCAUGAAGGAUGGGCGCGUGGCCACUGACAUCAUCAGCGUGGCCAACGAGGAUGGGCGGAGGAUUGCAGCCAUCCUGAACAACGCCCACUACCUGGAGAACUUACACUUCACCAUCGAUGGGGUGGACACACACUAUUUCAUUAAGCAGGGGCCAUCAGAGGGCGACCUAUCCAUCCUGGGCCUCAGCGGUGGGCGGAGGACCCUGGAGAAUGGCGUGAAUGUGACAGUGUCCCAGAUCAACACAGUGCUGAGUGGGAGGACUAGACGCUACACGGACAUCCAGCUCCAGUACGGUGCACUGUGUCUAAACACGCGCUACGGGACCACCUUGGACGAGGAGAAGGCACGCGUCCUGGAGCUGGCUCGACAGCGCGCCGUCACCCAAGCUUGGUCCCGGGAACAGCAGAGACUGCGGGAUGGGGAGGAGGGUAUUCGCUCAUGGACAGAAGGGGAGAAGCAACAAGUGCUAAACACGGGCCGGGUACAGGGCUACGAUGGCUAUUUUGUGAUCUCAGUGGAGCAGUACCCUGAACUCUCAGACAGCGCCAACAACAUCCACUUCAUGAGACAGAGCGAAAUGGGCAGAAGGUGACAGAGAGGGUCAAUGCGGUGACUUCUUGCCAAAGACAGCUACUCUUUUGUGGCCACUUA